AUGGCAGGCAGUAAGUUGGUUCUGGAAGGCAGAGUGAGUCUAAAGAGCUUCGCUUUGGGGCUCAGCGUGCUGCUGAUCCCGCUCAUCCGGACCUGGUUCGGACACCUGGACUGGGUCUUCGAUUAUCUGACAGAAACCUCCGGGAAAAUAGCCAUUUGCGUCCAUAUAGCGGCCAUUAACGGCCUCUUGCUGCUGGUGUACAGAGGACCUCUUUACAAGGUGGCCGUGAGGGCCUGUUUCCUGGGGGCCACUUUCGGCUGUGGGUUGAUCAUCAGCUUCUCUGAGACCACCUGGACGCAUUUUGGCUGGUAG